UCUUACGUAAUAUAUUUCUCUUUCCGCUACCACCCGGGUGUUCGUCGACUACCUACUCGCAUCCAUCAUGUCUGAGGCCUCUGAAUUGUCUAGCAAAUACGUUCUUCAGACCGUUGGGUUCGACGCACGUUUCCCCAACCAGAACCAGACCCGUAACUGCUUCCAGAACUAUGUUGAUUACUUCAAGUGCAUCAAUGCCAAGGGCGAGGACUACGCUCCUUGCCAGCAAUUCAAGAGGGUCUAUCGCACUCUCUGCCCUAAUGAAUGGGUCUCCAAAUGGGACGACCAGCGCGAGAAUGGCAAUUUCCCUGCUUCCCUGGACCCUUGAGGCGUGUUAAUGCAUGACCAGAAAGCAGAGACCGGAGGAAGGCUUUGUACGUUAGACAAGUCCAGUAUAUUGUUCCCAGAAAUACCCUCCAGGUCACGUGGAAUUUAACAAGUUCUAUCUCUUCCUUUAUU